AUGAGAAUAUCACUUGUUGAUUUACCUGAUAAGCAUGGCCUUCGAAUUCGACGUGUCCUCGAUGCAGCUCAACUUGACCAGCCUGAGCGCAUCAACUCCAUCCAAGCAGCAGCACCUGACGACAUCGCCCCCGACAAGAAAGCCUCGUACCAGCUCCUCCUCGCCUCACGCGAGCUGAACGCAGCUCUGGAACCUCCCACCCAGACGGCCAUCUUCGCAGCGUUCCCCGGAGUCCAUUUGAUGUGCGUGCGCCUGGCGAUAGAAAUCUGCCUUUUUGAGAAGCUCGUAGAGGCAGAGAAUCCCCUGAGUAUCCACGACCUCGCCGCCGAUGGGUCUGCGGAGGAGGCUUUCGUUUUGAGCAUUGCGCGGGUCCUUGUGGCGAAGGGCUUCAUCGGCGAGACGAGGUCGAGCGAGGGUCUCGGUGCAUACGUGCCUACGCAGAUGACACGGCAUAUGGUUGUGCCUUCGGUGCGUGCUGGGUUUAUCUUCCACUACGACUCCGGGCUCCUCAUCCUCGUCCAGGGCCUCUCCUAUUUCCGCUCCACAUCCUUCCGCCUCAAGCAAGGUCAUGGCCGCGGUCGCCUCCAAUUCGCGCACGACACGGACGAUGAAGAUUACGUCUACUGGUCGAAGCAGCCGGGCGUGAUGGAGAACUUCAGCACAUUCAUGCAAGGCUACUUCGGUGGAGGGGCACAGCCGACCCCUAUGGAGUGGUUCCUAUUCGAUGAAGUCUGUUUCAAGGAUUUUGAUGCGACUCGAGUCGAGUAUGCGUAUGUCGACGUCGGAGGUGGGAAAGGCCAGAACAUCCAGGCCAUCGUGGAGAAGUACGGCGAUUACGUCAAAGAUGACAAGUUCUGUCUCCAGGAUGUCGCACCAGUAAUCGAUGAUAUUGAGUCCAGUGGCACGGUCCUCGAUGGGCGUAUCGAGAAGAUGGCGUAUGACUACCUCACGCCGCAGACGAUUCGCGGAGCGAGGGCGUAUAUGCUCGAGAAUGUCUUCCACAACCACAACGAUACCGUUGCAAAGGAGAUCCUCAAUAUCUUGAAGGAGGCGCUAGAGCCGGGCAUCAGCAAACUCUUGAUCUCGUCGAUUAUUCUCCCGGAUCAAGGGGUGCCCUUUUUUCUGUCUGCGAUGGAUGUGAUGCUCAACUGCUGGGUUUCGCGUGGUGAAGAUCCGGUAUCCACCCGCGGCCGGUAA